AUGUAUACGGACAUGUGUCUACAAUCCAUCCAUCCCAAAGCACUCAGCUACGCCGGCGAAGAGAGAGAAAACACCAAGCUCGAUCAUGGCGGCCGCCGCAGCUCGCAGCAUCCCGGACCGGUGGACCCUCGCCGGCGCGACGGCGCUCGUCACCGGCGGCAGCAAAGGCAUCGGGCAUGCGAUAGUGGAGGAGCUCGCCGGAUUCGGGGCGCGCGUGCACACGUGCGCCCGGAACGCGGCGGAGCUGGAGGCGAGCCGGCGGCGGUGGGAGGAGCGGGGGCUCCGCGUCACCGCCACCGUCUGCGACGUCUCCGCGCGCGGCGACCGGGAGAGGCUGGUCGCCGCCGCGGCGGGGGAGUUCGGCGGCAGGCUGGACAUCCUCGUCAACAACGUCGGCCGGACCAUGUUCCGGGCGGCGGCGGCGUGCUCCGGCGAGGACUUCGCCCUGCUCGUGGCCACCAACCUCGAGUCCUGCUUCCACCUCUCCCAGCUCGCGCACCCGCUCCUGCUCGCCGCCGGCGGCGGAGGCGGCUGCGUGGUGAACAUCUCCUCCGUCGCCGGCACCGUCGGCAUACCGGCGCUGGCCGUGUACUCCAUGACCAAGGGCGGCAUGAACCAGCUCACCCGGAGCCUCGCCGCCGAGUGGGCCGGCGACGGCAUACGUGUCAACUGCGUCGCGCCGGGAGGCGUCAAGACUGACAUCUGCCAAGACGAGACGAUAGACCCGGAGCUGAUCAAGAGCGAGAUGGACCGGCUGCCGAUGCGGCGGCUGGCGGAGCCGGAGGAGGUGGCGGCGACGGUGGCGUUCCUCUGCAUGCCGGCGGCCUCCUACAUCACCGGCCAGGUCGUCGGCGUCGACGGCGGACGCACCAUUACCUAGCUAAUUAAACGAAUUCAUCGUAAUUAAUUAAUUAAUCAAGAAGGUGUUUUGUGUUUGGUUCGUGACUUUCAUCAUGUGUAAGCCCGGCUGGAAAACCCUUCCACUGUAAAAUCCUCCUCUCGAUCGAUCAACGAAAUUCAAUCGCUGUAAAUUUCUGCAAAUCAAAAUGGGACGAAUUCAGUACAA